UUGAAGGCCUCGGUUCAAGAAUGUAUUCCUUCCUGUCGGCGAGGUCCAGUUCCAGGUUUUGUGGCGGCCUGAGAGCGAGUGUCAGUGUGUGUCAGGCAGGCAACGUGAAGACAGCAGCAGAAAGACUAUGGCCGCCUCUCUGACUCUGACUCAGCUCUCCAGUGGAAAUCCCAUUUACGACAAAUACUACCGGCAGGUUGAUCCCAGGGGCAGCGGGAGGGUAGCCGCAGCGGAUGCAGCUCUAUUCCUGAAGAGGUCGGGCCUGGCUGAUCUGGUUCUGGGCAAGAUCUGGGAUCUGGCUGACGCAGAAGGCAAAGGUUUUCUAAAUAAACAGCAAUUUUUCAUUGCGGUGCGUUUGGUGGCAUGUGCUCAGAAUGGCCUGGAAGUGGCACUCAAGAGCCUUAAUGUGGCUGUUCCUUCACCUAGAUUUCAUGAAACAAACAGUCCACUGUUAGCAGGUGGGGCUGCGGUUGAUCUUCCCUGGGUGGUAAAGCCUGAUGAAAAGUUGAAGUUUGACGCCAUCUUUGACAGUCUUGGCCCAUUAAACGGCAUGUUAACAGGGGACAAAGUCAAGCCGGUCCUGCUCAACUCUAAACUGCCAGUGGACAUUUUGGGCCGGGUGUGGGAGCUCAGUGACAUUGACAGAGAUGGCAUGUUGGACAAAGAUGAAUUCUCUGUGGCCAUGUAUCUGGUUUACAGAGCUCUGGAAGGAGAAUCUGUUCCCAUGUCUCUCCCACCUCCCUUGAUUCCACUCUCCAAGAGGAAAAAAACUGUGAUACCUCCUGUGAUGCCCUUGUUACCAUCUCCCCCUUCUGUCAAAGACAGUCGUGCCUCCCAUGCUGGCACUAAGACCAUGCUCCAUCCCUCUAAACUCGCCCCUCCUCCUGUCCCGGUGCCAACAGCCGCGCCUUGGGUGGUGUCACCAGCGGACAAGUCCAAAUAUGACGAAAUUUUCAACAAGACAGACGCAGACAUGGAUGGGCUUGUGUCCGGACCUGAAGUCAGAGAUAUAUUCCUCAAAACUGGGCUGCCUUCUGCUACGCUUGCACACAUCUGGGAGCUUUGUGACAUUGGCGACAUUGGAAAACUGACCCGAGAGCAGUUUGCCCUGGCACUCCAUCUGAUCAAUCAGAAGUUGAAGAGAGGCCUAGACCCUCCACAGAGCCUCUCGCUGGAGAUGAUCCCUCCCUCUGACAGACAGAACAUCAAACAGAACAACAUGGCAAACCUGUCAGCUGACUUCUCUGCUAUCAAGGAGUUGGACUCGCUUAGCAAUGAGAUUGUUGAACUACAAAGGGAAAAAAUCACAGUGGAAGAGGAAAUCAAGGAGAAUGAAGAGGCUAUCCGUGAGCGCAGCUGCGAGGUCCAGGACUUGCAGGACGAGGUGGCAAGAGAGAGCAAGGAUCUACAUCAACUCCAGACUCAGCGCCAGAAGAUCCAGGAGACUUUGGAGGAGCUGGACCAACAGAAGGUCUCCCUGGAGGAGCAGUUGGCUCACAUCCGCAAGCAGACCAACCAAGAGACCCAACUGGUGGGUCUGGCAGAAAUCCCUGAAAACCGAAUUUCAACGCUGCAGUCAGAGCACAAGGAGCAGGAGCAAAGAAUAAAUCAUUACGAGGAGGAAUUGGUCCAGGCUAGAGAAGAGCUUCUGGCUUUGCAGCAGGAGAGCAGAAGGUUGCAGGAGAAGGUCCAAGCUGCUCAGGAGCAACUCACACCUUUGCAAGAAUCUGUGCGUGACUCUUUCACACAAGUGUCCCAGGUUCAACAGAAACUAGACGACCUUCAGGUGGAGGAGAGGUCGGUGUCGGCCCAGCUGAGCUGGAAGAGAGCUCUUGAAGACAAUUCUCCCGUCAUGGUCAAUGGAUCACCUGGGCCCAUGCCAAAGCUGAAUCACAGAGAACCAUUACAGGAGGACCUCUGUCAGGAGGACCAACCUCAAGGACUAAAAGAAGAAAAAACUGUUGAUGGAUCACACAAAUAUAAAGAACUCUCGGAACAAACAGAGAAAGUAGUGAAAGAAGAAAAACAGGAAGAGAAGGAGGACAAGCAACCCAAGACACCAGAAGAGGAAAAACUGCAACCUGAUGCCCUGGAUGACCUCAUGACUAGUUUAGCCUCUUCUGAGAUGUACACCCUCACUAAGCCCCAGGAGAAAAGUGACAAUGAACACUGUAAUCUUUCACCUGACAUCUCCUCAGAAGUCGAAGAUGAUGUGGCACAGUCAUCCAACACAAACCAAUCAAAGGUUGUGAUACCAGAACAAGAUGUUAAACAGAAACCUGCAGAGCCUCCAGAAAUCAAAGCAUUCUCCUUGUCAACACAAGUUGGUCCUCCUUGCUCAGUGCCAGCCCUGCCUGAGAUGGACUUCUUUGAUUCAGACCCGUUCACAGAUCAUGAUCCAUUUAAAAACGAUCUGUUUGGAAAAACGGAUGUUGCAAAAUCGGAUCCAUUUGGGGGAGAUCCUUUUAAAGGAUCAGACCCUUUUGCUGCUGAUGGUUUCUUCACACAAUCCACCAACAGCCACGUGCCCACGGAAGACCCCUUUGCCGGCUCAACAGACCCAUUUGUUAGCACUACUGGUGUGCCGGAACCAGACCUAUUUGCAGCCAAGCGCAACGACCCUCCUCCAGCAACGACAGUAGAGCCGGACCCUUUUACUUCUCAAUCUACAAAUGUAACUCUACCAGCCACACAUCCAUUCAAAUCUGAAGGCAACGACACGGAUAAAUUGGAUCCGUUCUGUCACAAGUUGAACUCCAUGGUAGUGGUGGAUCCGUUUGGUUCUGAAUAUGGAGGGAAAGAUCCGUUUAACAGUUCUCCACCAACUGCUAGGCUGGUAUUGGACAACACAGGAUCAGCCAAUGAUCCUUUUGCUCCAGGUGGUACCACGGGAAGCGCCAACUCAGACCCCGAUCCAUUUGCAGCAGUGUUUGGGAAUGAGUCGUUUGGAGGGGGCUUUGCAGAUUUCAGUGCACUUGCAAAGUCAAAUUGUGCUGAUCAGUUUGGCAUCAACAAUAAGAACUUGUUCCAGGACGACAGCCAGUCCACCAAUGCUGAUGUUCCCCCAGCCCUACCCCCCAAAACGGGUACGCCAACUAGACCACCCCCUCCACCUCCAGGUAAGAGAUCUUCCCUCUCCAGAACUGAGUCCUCAGACUCCUUCCAUCGACGAGGGCAUUUCCUGCCGCAGACCUCAGGAGAUUUCUCCUCCUCUUCUUCCUCCUCCUCCCUGCCUGCCAAGGAUCCCAUAGCCGACCCCUUCGCCCCUUCCUCCCCUCCACGUCAGCACAUACAGGAAGGUGACCGAUUUGCCAGCUUUGACAAAUACCCAACGGAGGAAGACAUGAUCGAGUGGGUAAAGCGCGAGAGCGAGCGAGAGGAGAAAGAGCGUCUGGAUCGGCUCACCCAGCAGGAGCAAGAAGACUUGGAGUUGGCCAUCGCUCUCAGCAAGUCUGAACUGUCCUGAGGGAACUUCCACCUUUGCCCUCCCCUUUUCCUUUCCUCAAAAUCCUGGCAAAGCCUGUUUAAGCACCAAAGCAAAAAAGUGGACCUAAACCAAUGUUGCCCACAAGACUGGCACACAGCUGGUAAAACCAGAAUGUAACUUAUUCUUAGACUUCCACUCCCAUGGUAAAGUUUGAUCAACUGACCAACUAAUAACAGUCACUUAUAAGAACAUCAUUACUAAUACAUUUUAGCAUUCUCCAAAAUUCAGAAUAUCAGCAGUAAAGUGGGUUUAGAUAAUUCAAAGUGAAACAUCUGGACUGUGGCAUCCAUAAUCACUGAAUGUGAUUUUAUUUCAUGUUUCAAAACCAGAUGACAAAUGUUAGGCAUGUUGUCUUGACGUGUGACGUGCAUGCCAGGCGCUUACUAUAAAAUAAAAUAAAUAGAUCAUAAUGGUCUGUUGAUAUAACUAAACAGUAGCGACUUGUCCAGCCCCGGUAAAAAAUGGAUGGAUGGCUGGUUCAUCAUAGUAUUGUAUUGGAGCAAAGCAUUAAAAUCAACAUUAAGAUUAUUUAUAUUUUCAGAUAUUAAGUCAACUGGCUCUCUUUGUCAUUGCAAAUAAUAAAAUACCACUGCUGUCAAAAAAAUACCCAUUUGUGCUAUUCCGUUACUGCCGUUUUAUCAUUGUUCACACCCAGUUUGGUGAAAUUUGGACAAGGUGGGGGCGACUGGGUGCAAUCAAUAGUCAAAAAGUGUAUUUUAGAAUUAAAGGUACUUCAAAACCUUAACAGCAGAAACGUAAAUAUUUACUGCACAAAUGAACGGAAGUGGUGACAAGGGGGCCGGCUUUACACAGGUAACACGACUAUAUAUAUAAUUUCUAUGUCAUAUUUGAAAAUGGAAUUUAUUUUUAAAGUACAGUUAAAAAGGGUUAGUGUGAUUGUUAAACUUUUUUGUACGACCUGUUUAAGCCCUUUGGUGUGGAUACAAUAAAUGCAUAAUUAUAAACAAGCACAGAUGUGAGGGCGAGAGAUCAUGAUGUCAUGUUGUGAAGGCUAAAGGCUCAGCAAAUGCAUGCAGCCAAGUACUCGAGCUGAAAAACCUAUACCUCCCCUCACUUAGAAGCAACUUGACAUGCAGUAAAAUACAAUAAGAAUCAAAAUGCUACUCGAAGAUCUCCAACACAAGGUUGACAUCUACAGUAGAAAUUUAACUUCCAGGUGUUAUUGAUAUAGUAUGUCAAUUAUUCACUUACAGUACAGGCCAAACCUUAGGACACACCUCCUCAUCCAAUGCCUUUUUCUUUAUUAUCAUGACUAUUUACAUUGUAGAUUGUCACUGAAGGCAUCAAAACUAUGAAUGAACACACGUGGAGUUAUGUACUUAACAAAAAAGGUGAAAGUGAAAACACUGAAAACGUGUUUUAUGUUCUAGUUUCUUUAAAAUAGCCACGUGUUCUUUCAUAGUUUGGAUGCCUUCAGAGACAAUCUACAAUGUAAAUAGUCAUGAAAACAAAGAAAACCCAUUAAAUGAGAAGGUGCCAAAAAUGUUUGGCUUUGUACUGAAUGUUGUUAUUGGUUUCUAAUUCCAUAAAGACCAGAAGAAAGUGACUGUCUUUAUUCCUCUAAAUGCCCUUCUUCCUCUGCUUGUACCUCCUUUGCUAUUUGUAGCCUGAUAUGAGACUCGUUGUUUUCUCUUUACUUGCUUGCAGUGUACUUGUAUUUUUUUUGUAAAUACAGUACAACAGUAUCCUGGGCCAUCACACCUCAUUUUGUACAGACUGUUUCCAACCAGCAACCACUGUUUUUACUCCAAGGCAUGGUCACAACUUGUAUUAUAUCUCUUUUCUGACAAAUAUGUAAUGCACUAAAUUAAAAAAGAAUAAAUAUUUGAAAUCCUA